AUGUCAACCGAAGAACCAAAACAACACAAGUUGCGUGAGCCUUUCGGCAAAAAUCGGGACGAUCCUUUAACGGAAGAUAAUCUCAAAACCGAUCUUUCUCAUGUGCUCACAAUGAUGGCCAUCGAUUUUCCCAGCGAUGGGACCCUUCAAGACUUGUUGAGCAUCUCAUUGGAGCCCUUGAUGAGCGCGUGGAAGAAGAGGGACUCGAAAUCGGAAAUCGCUUUCAAAGGCCUUCUUUUGAUUCUUGAGUACUGCCUUAGCCACAUCUUUGUUGGACAUGAGAGCUUUGAAAUAUUUGUAUCAUCACUCGGCUAUAGUACGGUACAAUUUUGGAGGGCCUCGAUAAGCUACGUGUUCGAUUCGGACCUCUCAUAUGGCACAAAAUUUCGAGACGCUCUACUAUUUUCGCUGACGUUGUAUGAUGUCAAUACGGGAAAAAAUCGAUUGAGAGAAUUGUACGCGGCGGUUCCGGGCAUCCGAAAAUCGUUGCUGGGCGUUCAUGCGAAACAAUUCAGCGAGCGCUACCAUCAUUUACAGAAGAAGCUAUCGCGUUACGGGUCACAUUCAUCGCUGUGCAGCAAUUCAAGCAACGAGAGCGAUUUAGAAGAAGGAUAUGGGGUGCCGAGGAGGCUCUCGAAUAGCGGCGACGAGUCGGAAAACGAGGCGAAGGUGCCGAGCGGCGGCCUCGCCAGCAGUCAUUUUCAGCAACGGGUCAUCAAUGUGUCGAACGCGCCGCCAGUUUCGCUGAAACGCGAGAAAACUGGCGACUGGGAGAUCAAGCAAGGCUCCGGCGGUCUCGUCGCCUGUGUGGAUCCGGUCAUGUCCAAAGAUCAUGAGAAUGUCUGGCUAGCGAACCUUGGAAUGAAUAUCAAUGAGAAGAAGAAAAAGCGCGACUCUGUAAGCUCGCUGGACACAAUGGCGCCGGCUACGAACACCUUGGGAUUGCCGCUGAUAAAGCAGACGAUCGCUGAAGUGUUGUUCCAUGUUCUGGCCGACGACGACAUCGACAAAGAGGCUAGCGAGAAUCAGAAAAAGGCCCGCGAGGAAAUGUCGCUGUUGGGAGUGUUGAACAAUUAUAAUCGCGGAAAUUAUAUAUUGAAUCCGGUGGUUGUUCAAGAAGACGAUUAUAACGUUUACUAUGGCGGAAUUAGUAAUGGUCUUUUGUGGCCAGCACUUCACAAUCUUCCAGAAUACAUUGUUUCUGAAUAUGAAGAUGUCAAGAUCCUUCGUGAGCAUUGGUGUGCCUAUGUACGCGUCAAUUAUCAAUUCGCGCUGGACGCAGUGCGAAAUAGCCGCCCGCAAGACUUCAUCUGGAUUCAUGACUACCAUCUAAUGCUCACCGGAAUGAUAAUGCAGAGUCUUGACCCGAACCUCGAAGUCGGAUUCUUUUUGCACAUACCAUUCCAGCCGCCGGAAAGCUUUUUCACCAAAUACGCGACGGUCGGAUUCGCGGUGCUUCGAGGCCUUCUUCGCUUCACAAAAGUCGGAUUCCAAACGCAUCGCGAUCGUUCCAAAUACAUCGAGCUGGUGCAAAAAUAUUUGCGAGGCGCCGUUGUCGUCUACGACGACAAAAUGGACAUCUUCUCGGUGACGCAUGAGGGCUGGACGUGCUCGCUCGGCGUUUUUCCGGUCAGCAUCAAAAACGACGAUUUUCUCAAGUUCAUCGAUCUGCCGGAGACGAUCAAACUCAAACACGACAUCCGCAAAAAAGUGUUGGGCGAGAAUCCGCCGCCAGACGCCCGAUUCUUUUUCUCGGUUGAACGCUUUGACUACACCAAAGGCAUCAUGGAGAAGAUGAGGGCGUAUAAUCGAUAUUUUGAGAAAUAUCCGGAUCGAAUCGGAAAGGACGUCCUUUACCAGAUUGCUGUCACUAAUCGACGGAGUGUCGACACCUACCGAGUCUAUCAAGAUGAAUGCAUUGACCUUGCUGCCAAGAUAAAUGAGACCUAUAAAGAUGCAAACAACCCGCAAUGGAAGCCACUGAUUUUCCAAACUGAUGGAUUGCCGAGAAGCGAACUAGUCGCCGCUUAUUUGGCAAUGGAUAUCGGUGUGGUGACGCCGAAAAAAGAUGGAAUGAAUUUGGUGGCGAAGGAGAUGCUCGUCUGCAAUCCGAGGGCCGGAUUGGUGCUCUCAACGGGCGCCGGAUCGGAGAUCCAAUUCACCACUGCUGGUUUGUACAAAGAGGAUGGCGAGAAGAACUAUCACCGAAUCGAGAAUGUGUUCGACGUUGAAAGCUACUGCGACGCCUUCCAUCAAGCCGCUUUAGAGUCCGAGGAGGUUCGAGCCAUUCACGGCAAACGUCUGAAUGAGUUCAUAAUGGCCAAUGACAUUGAGCGAUGGAGCAGCGCGUUUCUCGAUCCGAGUUGGACGCAUGAAGUGAUUCGUCCAACGCAGAUCAACACACUCGACGACUUCUUCUCGCUGAUGAUGAAAACUCGCAAUGUUCGUCGUCAGAUUGUCAGCCGUGUUCUCAAAGGCAUCCCAAUUCGAUCGCAUUUUGCGAUCAGUUUGAGAAACGCAAAAGAAUCAUUGGAGCAGAUUUGCAAGCCGGGAACACAUACGGCCAUAUUGAACUAUUGGAAUUUGAAAGGGACUUGUCAUUUAUUCGAUAUGUUCAAAGUGAAGAUGCUGAUAAUGUUGAGCAAUUCGUUGAUGUAA